AGAUCGCCGAGCGGACCCCGGAGCGGCCCCUGGAGCCUCUGGUCCCCAGCAGCUCAUAGCUCUUCGCCUGACCCCGAGAGUCUCAGAGGUUUUACCUGUCUCGAAGGCACACAAUCAAGACCAAAGGUUCUCAAUCCCCUGCUGCCUGCAUCUGUGCCCAAUCCAGCCAUGAACCCCCCGGAGGUCCCUGCACAAACAGAGAUGGUGGAACUGGUGCCCAAUGGCAAACAUGUAGAAGGACUGUGCCCUGUGGCUUUACCCACUGUAGGAGUUGAAAGGUGUGAGGUUGGAAGACCCAGCCAUGGGGAAGCAGAAGGAUUCCUGCCCCAAAAUGCCAGCAAAGAGACACACUUCACAGAUUUUGAAGGGAAGACUUCAUUCGGGAUGUCUGUGUUUAACCUGAGCAAUGCCAUCAUGGGCAGUGGCAUCCUGGGGCUGGCGUAUGCCAUGGCCAACACUGGCAUUCUGCUCUUCUUAUUCCUCCUCACCUGUGUGGCCCUGCUGUCCAGCUAUUCCAUCCACUUGCUGCUCAAGUCUUCAGGGAUUGUAGGUAUCCGAGCCUACGAGCAGCUGGGCUUUCGGGCCUUUGGAACACCAGGGAAGCUGAUGGCAGCGAUAGCUAUCACCCUACAGAACAUUGGAGCCAUGUCCAGUUACCUGUACAUCGUGAAGUCAGAAGUGCCCCUGGUCAUCCAGACUUUCCUCAACCUACCUGAGAAAACCUCGGAUUGGUACAUGAACGGGAACUACCUGGUAAUCCUGGUCUCAGUCACCAUCAUCCUUCCCUUGGCUUUGAUGAGGCAGCUGGGAUACUUGGGCUAUUCCAGUGGCUUUUCUCUCAGCUGCAUGGUGUUCUUCUUGAUUGCAGUCAUCUACAAGAAAUUCCAGAUCUCAUGCCCAUUGCCCACAUUCUCUGCCAAUGUGACGGGCAAUACCAGCCACGUGCAAAUCAUCAUGAAGGAUUCCUCGGGUGGGGACCCCCUCAUCCAGGCCUCUAACACUGACAGCUGCACCCCCAGCUACUUCACCCUCAAUACUCAGACAGCAUACACCAUCCCCAUCAUGGCCUUCGCCUUUGUCUGCCACCCAGAGGUGCUGCCCAUCUACACAGAACUCAGGGACCCCUCAAAGCAGAAGAUGCAACACAUAUCCAACUUGUCCAUUGCUGUCAUGUAUGUGAUGUAUUUCAUGGCUGCCCUCUUUGGCUACCUCACCUUCUAUGAUCGGGUGGAGUCGGAGCUCUUGCACACUUACAACAAAGUGGACCCCUUUGAUGUCCUGAUCCUGUGUGUCCGUGUGGCUGUGCUCACUGCUGUCACUCUCACUGUCCCUAUUGUCCUUUUCCCGGUCCGGAGGGCCAUCCAGCAGAUGCUGUUCCAGGACAAAGAGUUCAGCUGGCUCAGGCACACUCUCAUUGCUGUCAUCCUGUUGACCUGUAUCAACCUAUUAGUCAUCUUUGCCCCCAACAUCCUGGGCAUCUUUGGGAUCAUUGGUGCCACCUCUGCACCCUGCCUGAUUUUCAUCUUUCCAGCAAUCUUCUAUAUCCGAAUUGUGCCCAAGGACAAGGAGCCGCUGAAGUCCACCCCCAAAAUAUUGGCCAUAUGCUUUGCAGGAUUAGGUGUUCUCUUCAUGACCAUGAGCCUGAGUUUUAUCAUCAUUGACUGGAUCUCUGGGAAUAGCAAGAGCGGUGGCAACCACUAGGACCCAGCAUGGCCUGGGGUCACCCAUCACCCACCCACUUGUGCCAUUGCCUGCCAGGACUGCUAAGCUGCCCGGGCCCUAGGCUGGUGGGGGGGAGGAGGAAGGGAGGACAUUUUUCACUCAAUGUGUGUUUUGUCUUUAAUUAUUAUUAUCCCUAUUGAGGAUCUUUUUUUUAAAGGGGGUGGAGACCCUGCAGGGGGUAGCACUGGAGCAGCUGGUACAUUGGGUUCUCUCCCUACGGGGCGUGGAGGCCACAGAGGCCGGGCCUUGGGCAUCCUUCAUCUUCCCUCCUGGGGUCUGGGGAGGACUGAUGCCUCUUAGGAUAUCCUCCGAUUGUCUCCACCACUGACUGCUCCCCUGGCGAGGUGGGGCUCAGCAGGGGACAACCCUAUGCUCUAAGAGAGGAUUAAGGAACUUUUCGGUAAGAUUGGGCCAAAUGCUCCUUGUGCUCCUGAGGCCCUGGAUCCCCAUGCCUCCUCUCUUGUCUGCCCGGCAAAGGUAUCUUUAUCCCCUUGGCUACCCUGCCACCGUGUCCCCCUAUCCGUGUAGGGUCUAGAAACCAAUUUGCAGGGGAUGGGAGGGAGAUGAUGGGUAGUCAGAGACGUUUUCCUGACCCUGGACGCCUCUCCUCCCUGGGGCCAAGGAGAAUCCUAUUUGUGAAGAUCGUGAAAUUCAGCCCUUGGUAGAUAGAACUAGGAAAAGGUCAAUGGCCUCCAGCCAACCCCCUGUCCAGCCAGUUGGGAAGAAAAAUGUGUUUCCAUCACCUCUGGGAAGAGGCUGACUCAGAGUUCACCUGAGCCAUCUAGGUACUCCUCAGUGGCGCCACCGCUAAGGGAAUUACGUGGGAUGGAAAAGAUUUAUUCCUCUCAGACAGAAAAGGGAGACUCUAGGGAUGGGGAGAACUCUGGUGGGAGAAGUGCUCCCUUUAAGUAGCCAAAAGCUGGCCCCAUCUCUAAGGUCUUGACCUUCCCCUUCCCUAGGAAGGCUACAUCUGUGCUCUUCAGGGAGCCACGACAGCUCUCUCCUAAGGCCUGGCGGUGGGACCCGGAGACCUCUGCAAGGGCUUCCUCUGGCUCCUGCUUCCUGCUCUCAUUAGUCUGUUCCUCCCACCCUAUCAGUGGGGCUCUCCAUUGACAGCAUGGGAUCUGAGAGGCAGGAGUCCCCCAACUGUUUCAGGAAAGUUGUGGCUUCUGCUAUAUCUCAACCCAGGCUGGGUAAACCAGGACCAAGGCAGGCUUUGUAGGCUUAAGCUCCCCUACGACUCUGGCUCUUCUGGGUCUGGACAAAAGGAACAGAUGGGGUGCAGGCAGGUACCCCUAAACCAGUCACCCUGCCUCCCCGUGUUGCCAAUUUCCUGCUUCUGACUGGUUGGCACCUUCUGACUGGGAGUUAGAGGAGAGGAGGGGAUGGAAGCUGAAACACUGAGCUGAUGGCCCGGAACGAUGGUGAAUCCAGGAGGAGGGGGACAGCUAAGAUGAAAGGCUUUGGACCCAGGGGUCACAGAUGUGACACAGACUUUUUGAGAAAUGCCACCUAAGAGCAUCCUUCUGUCUCUGGCCUGGGACGUCCCUGGGCUGCCUGGUAUCCAAGUACUAUACACCCGAGUGUGUUCCUUGGUGGUUCAUUCAGGUUGGGCCACACAGCCCCAGCAGGCAAGGCAGGAGAUAAGCAGAGAGAAAAGACACCUCUCCAUACUGGGCUGGUCCUGGUGCCUGGGUGCAGCCACCCCAGCAGGAGCUGUGGAGUCAGGAAAAUGGGAAGAGUAUCAGAUUCUCCCAGCCACCCCUCUCCCCUGACACACACACGCCCCAUUCUGGGUCUCGUCCAUCCUGGGAAGGAGAAUCCCCUGGCUGCUCUUAAGCAGGGAGGUGGGAAGAUGAGAGAGCUUUGGUGCCAAGCCCUUCCAAGGCAUCGGAAGCAGCACGGAGAGAGGAAUAGCCUUCAGGGUGGGAGCUGGCAGCCUUUGGCCGGAAGCCCCCUUCCCUCCCACCUCCCCAAUCCCUGAGGGAGGGGAGUGAGUAGUGGGCUGAGGCAACGUGAGGUGCAUUUCCCUUGAGCUCAGGACUAGCCUUCUGAGCCAAGUUCUGGCUCCUGAGAAACUCGGGCCAUGCAGAGGCCCCCCAACAGGCGGUGGGAAACAUUGGCAGGGAGUGGGAAGGAGCUCCCACACCACCACUCCCCCAGGCCCCCGGAAGGCCCGAGGCUCAGCAAUCUUGGCUCCCUGCUGAGCAGGCUAUGGGAGGGACCAGUGCCCUCUCUCACAGGUUGCAUUUCCAGUCCUCUGUCCAAGUUAGCUCCAAGCUUGGAAACACUGAAAUCCAGCCCCCACUGACACACCGCAGACCUUCUUAAGAACAAUAAAAGUCAGUGAAAACUGA